GGGGGCAUUGAAUGCCGUUUAUUGUUUUUAAAAAAUUCUACCAUAUUUACUUUGCAGAUUGAAAUAAUGAUCUGGGUUAUUGUUUUGAAGUUGCUCAUAGUCUAUUUGUCACAGCUUGUGCUUAUUGUUUCAGCUCAGAAAGGAAAGUGUCCACCAUCUUUUGAUUGUGGAUUUCUUGGCCACUUUCAGUUUCCUUUCACAACCACUGAGCAACAACACUGCGGCCUAUUGGCCAUACAUGGCUGUCAACAACUUUCUCCCUCCGCUCCCAAAACUAUCCAACUAGGCACCUCCCCAUCAACCUCGUACUCUGUUCUAAAGGUAGAACCUCGUACCAUAAUUAUCGCAGAUGAUAAACAACAACGUUAUUUGAGUAACAGAAGUUGCAAAGCGUUCAGCAAGAAUGUUACUCUUCCUCAAACCUCUCCUUUAGCUUCUUUCAGCAUCAAAUAUAAUAUCACCAUCUUCAGAUGCAAUCACUCAAUCAAGCCCUCCCUUUCAAAGGAUUUUUAUAAAUAUUCAAACUGUUCUGAGUACGAAAUCAUCUAUGGCCCUCCAAAUGCACUAACUCUUCCAGGUUUCCAGUGGCCCAGCUCUUUAGCACCAUGCUCAACCACUCAGCUUCCUGUAGAAGGAAUUCCUACCGACGACCCCUUUCAAUUUCUAACAAGUAGUAUCGCUAUUGAAGUUCAGUUAUCUAAUCAAUGUGAAAGUUGUCUUCGUCAUGGAAAAGGACGAUGUUUACUUGACACUCAAGGAAAAUUCUACUGCGCCACAGGGAGUGGAAGCUGGGUUCCGAAAAUGGUACUGGGACUCGCAUUAGCUGUUACAGUUGUUUUACUGCUAGCGAUGGUCAAGAUGUACCGUACAAGAAGGAAGAAGCAAAAUCCAACCAAUCAACGGAUUGAGGUCUUUCUGAAAAAACACGGAGCCCUUCAGACUAAGAGGUAUGGUUAUUCUGAGAUAAAGAAAGUGACCAACUGUUUCAGAAACAAACUAGGCCAAGGAGGAUUCGGUAGUGUGUACAAGGGAAAACUACAGGAUGGACGUUACGUUGCAGUGAAGAUCCUAAACGAAUUAAAAGAUGACGGAGAGGAAUUCAUCAAUGAAGUUGCUAGUAUUAGCAGAACUUCUCAUGUUAACAUUGUUACGCUUUUGGGGUUCUGUUGCGAUGGUUCUAAACGAGCUUUGGUUUAUGAGUUUAUGUCCAAUGGAUCACUUGAAAAACUUAUCUAUCAAGAAAAUUCUCUAAUCACACAUCAUCAAUUGGACUAUCAAAUGUUGUAUCAUAUUGUAAUUGGUGUUGCUAGAGGACUACAAUACCUGCAUAAAGGCUGCAAUACUAGAAUUUUGCACUUUGACAUCAAACCUCAUAACAUUCUGUUGGAUGAGAAUUUCAAUCCCAAGAUUUCAGAUUUUGGUCUGGCAAAAAUUUGCUCCAGAAAAGAAAGUAUGGUGUCAAUAUUUGGUGCUAGAGGAACAGCAGGCUAUAUUGCUCCAGAAGUUUUUUCCAGAAAUUUUGGUGUAGUUUCACAUAAAUCAGAUGUUUACAGUUAUGGAAUGAUGGUCUUAGAAAUGAUUGGAGGAAGACAGAACACUGUGACUGGGCUAGACCCCUCAAGUGAAAUUUACUUUCCCGAUUGGAUAUACAGUCGUCUUGAAUCAAAACAGGAACUUGGUUUACAAAACAUGCGAAAUAUAAGUGAUGAAAAAUUGGUAAGAAAGAUGGCAAUUGUGGGCUUAUGGUGCAUACAAACUCAUCCUUCAGCCCGACCUCCCAUAAGUAAAGUGUUGGAAAUGCUAGAAAGCAAAGUUGAGUUAUUGCAGAUUCCACCCAAACCUUUAUUGUCUUCUCCUUCAACUUCUCCCAUCCAUUUAUCAAGUGAGACAUUGUAAUUUGUGACUUGUGAGCUAGGAUACUACAUAAGAUGAAGUAAAUGUUACAGUAUUUCAAAUUUAUAUCGACUCUAUUCUGCUUCUUUGUGUUUUA